CCCACAAGAGCUGAGCUUCACAGAGAAAAUAUCAUCUGAUUCAGUUCAGACCUUUCUUCUCCUACCUUCUAACUACCAAGAAAAGUUCUCAGAGUUCCAUUUCUUCCACGCUGCCUAUUAAUCUGGACUGGAAUUCGAAUUCCCAAACCCUAAUACCAUUAAUCUGUAAUUCACAACCCACAAAUAAUUAUAAACCAUAUGGAUUCCCUCUCAUCGGUUUCGCCCUCCAUAAUCCUCCCUCCGACCGCCAACCCUCUCCGUCCGCGGCGCCGCCGCAUGAGUAUCUCUCCGGUCAGCCUACGCAACCGCAACCUCUGCCUGUACUCUGUUUUCCGAGUGCCGCGCUCUCCCGAUCUCUCCAGAAGGCGGUUCGGUCUCAGAGAAGCUUCCUGCAGGUCGGCCUGCGGCGGCGGAGGAGCUGGGGCAAAUCAGGAGGAAGAGGAUUCCGACGACGAAAGUGAGCAGGUGGAGAGGGCCCUUCACCUCGACGGCAGUAUUCCUUCUACUUCGGAUGAGUUUGUGAAGCGCGUGUCGUCACGCGCUUACGAUAUGCGGCGGCACCUCCAGCAGACCUUCGAUAGCAGCAGCUAUGAUGUGUUGGAGGCUAAUCCUUGGAGAGAAACUUCCAAGCCUGUAUAUGUAUUAACUCAGAGGGAGAACCAGCUGUGCACAAUGAAAACACGAAGAAAUGUCAGUGAAGUUGAAAGGGAGCUUGGGCAAUUGUUUUCCAAAGGAGGAAAGUGGAACCAAGCUAAACAGCCCAGAAAUGGUAACAAGUUCCAGAUGCUUGUUGAGGAUAUUAGGGAUGGAGUGCUUGUUUUCGAGGAUGCAAAUGAAGCAGUGAAGUACUGUGAUUUGUUGCAAGGAGGCGGCCAAGGUUGUGAAGGUGUUGCAGAAAUAGAGGCCUCAUCAGUAUUUGCUCUGUGCCAGAAAAUGAGAGGUCUAGCGGUUCUGUUUCGUCGCGGAAGAAAGCCUCCGUUGCCUCAGAGCUUGGAGCUCAACCUUAGGGCCAGGAAGCGCUCCCUUGAAGACCAACAAGACUAAAUUAGGCUCACUUCGUAUAUAAACGUACAACUCGCUGCUUCAAACUAGUGCAGGUUUAACACUCCUGCUUCUAUACAACUAUACUAAUACACUUUGCCCUGAAUCUGUAUUAUAUAUUCAUUUGUAAAUUUCGGGCUUCUCCGCUAUUCAUUUCCUCAUCUCACUAUGAUCAAUAUAACCUCAUGUUACCAUAUACGAUCAAUAUAAUCUCUUACUUAUAUUCAGUC